UGCAAUUAAGCAAAAAGUAAGGUCUAGUAUUUGCACACUAUGAGUACAUAAACCCUAAACCCUAGAGCACUAUUUCGUUGCAAAAUCGAAGCCAUUUUCUCCGGCGGUUCCUCAUACUCCAGCCGCUACAAUACAAGAUUGUUUAGAGCCAAGCCAAAAUGUAUCUCCAGUUUUACAUAAAUGAAAAUGGUGACAAAGUUUACACCACCAAGAAGGAAUCACCACAUGGUCUGGCCACACAAUCUGCGCAUCCUGCUCGGUUUUCACCUGAUGACAAGUUCUCGAGGCAGAGAGUUCUCUUGAAGAAGCGUUUUGGACUGCUGCCGACCCAAAAACCUCCCAGGAAGUAUUGAGUAGAUUUAUAAUUGCUACUCUUAUGUCUGAUCUUGAUGUAUGUUUAACACCACUUGUUUACAUACAAGUGGUUGCACACUUUUCAUUCUCAAAGUAUUGGUAUUUUCAACCUGCAUAAUGGAGCAUGCUGUUAGAAAAUGAAAUUUAUUGCUAUUAUUUGGUUGACAA